AUGAAUGGUGAAACUUUUAAAGAUCAUCAGAAAAGAUUACAAUGUGAACAUCAACAAAAAUGUCGUCAACAAAAAAGAAACAAAAUUGAUAAUAAUAGCAAUUUGGUACUUGCUUCUGGUAUAGAACAAGAUAUAGCUGUUCCUUCAAUGAAUACUUUAUCACAGAUUCCAAGGGCACAUAUUUAUUCAUGGAGUUCACACAGUUUAGAUCGUCAUAUGCUAGGAAAAGUUACUCUUCCACCUUUUCAAAAUCUACCAACUUCUCUUAAUAACCUUCUGACUGGGACAGAUUCACAUGCACGUUCAUUUCAACACAAUAUCCGAAUGUAUAAUUCUGCAUUAUCUUUUACAUCUAUAGGAGCUAAUAUUGAUAAUCAGGUUACAGAAACUAGUGAUGUUUAUACUUUUCGCAUUUAUGGAGAAGUAUAUCACAGGAUAGAUGCCUUUUCUUUUGAUCCUGAAAGCCAGCCUCAAUUUGCUCAGAUAUAUAUCUAUGAUACAGAUCAUGAAUUACAAAAUAGGAUAAAUAUAAUGCCUGGUCUUGAUUCUACUAUUCUUGCUGAUCUUCAACAAAUGUUACAUGAUAUUAAUCCAUAUGCUAAUGUGUUUCAUCAAGUUGGAUAUUUUUUAAAUUAUGAUCCAUUAUUAGACUUAAAAUUAAUAAUUACAAAUAAUAGAACUAAAGACCCUCACCAUUAUAAUACUUCAAGUGCAUCUGAACCUAAUGAUGAAAAUCAAGAAAAUGAGCCAAAUAAAUGUGUUACAAUAAUGAAUUAUCUUUCAUAUAAGCUUCAAAUUGAUGCUCGCUAUGUUUCAGCAUCAGAAGCUUUAUGGAGAAUACUUCACUACCAAUUACAUAAUGAGAAGCCUGACAUUAUGCAAUUACAUGUUCACCUUCCAGGUCAAUAUAGAGUAUUAUUCAAAGAUGAUGAGUCUUUGGAAGAUAUAGUUCAACGUUCAGCUGUAGAAAAGACAACUCUUACAGCAUGGUUUCAGGCAAAUACAAUAUAUCCAGAAGCAAGAAACCUUACUUAUGCCAAUUUUCCAUCUCAAUGGACCUAUAAUAUAUGGGCAAAGAAAUGGAAACUAAGGCAGCGAGAAUACACUAUUGGUCGUAUGUAUUUUGUUCAUCCUGCAGCAGGUGAACGAUAUUAUCUAAGAAUGUUACUUAGUAUAGUUGUUGAUUCAACUUCUUUUGAAGAUAUUCGCACUAUAAAUGAAAUUACUUAUCAUUCUUUCAGAGAAGCAUGUAUUGCUUUAAACCUAUUACAAGAAGAUGAAGAGUGGGAUCAAUGCUUAACAGAAGCUAAGCAGAUGCAAUCAGGUGCACAACUACGCAACUUAUUUGCUACUUUGCUUAUAUUUUGUAACCCAUUAAGACCUGAAACACUUUGGAAAAAGCAUAUUUAUUCACUCUGUGAUGAUAUACUCUUUCAAACCUAUUGUAAUACUGGAAAUAUAGCUCUUGAACUUAGAGAUACUAAUAUACAAAAUAGAGCUCUUCUUCAUUUACAAUCUAUCUUAAAUAAACAUGGAAGAUGUCUUGAGGAGUUUCCAUAUAUGCCUAUUCCAAUUGCUAACACUAAUACUGAACAAGAUAACUAUCUAAUUAGAGAAGAGCAACAAUAUAAUAUUGAAGAACUUGCAGAAAUUAUUGAAAAAGAACUUCCCUGUUUAAAUGUAGAUCAACGAGCCAUAUUUGAUGAAGUUAUUGCAACUGUAGAAACAAAAACACCUGCUAUUUUUUUUGUAGAUGGUCCAGGUGAAACUGGAAAAACAUUUCUCUACAAAAUAGAGGGCAAUAUUAUUCAACUUCCUAAAGAUAUUAUUUUGCCAUCCCAAGAUAUAAAUGCUCUGAUUCAUUUUAUUUACCCUAAUCUCUCUGCAAGUUCUGAUUCUCAAUAUUUAGUCGAACGUGCAAUACUUGCUCCAAAAAAUGAACAUGUUAAUACUAUUAAUGCUGCUAUUAUGACUCAAUUUCCUG